CUCACCAUUCAGCAGCUUCUUGAAAAACUUAGCAUAGUGCGUCUCGGGGACGUCUUUCCAGCCGUCUGUAGUCGGUAGUUUGAAUGUUGGAUAAAAGGAAGCUUGGGCUCCGAAUCAGACAAAAACACAGACUGCAUGGCCAGAGAUGUUCUCCGCCACACUCUCAGGAACUGGCAAACUCUAACGACUCAAAGCAUUCACGGUAGCAGACUGCGGCAAAUAGAUGAGGCGGGACGAAGACUCUCAUAUUAUGAACAAAGAUAAAGAAUACUUUUGAAAUUGCGCCUGGAGUAAAGAGUUCCCUUGGUGGGAUUCUUAUCGUUCCGCUUCUUGAGACCAGCGCGCAGCUCUGCGGUGAGAGCGUCAGUCUCCUCAUCCGAUUUGACAAACUGCGCUAAAUAUUUCAGCUCCGUCAUGAGGCCUGCGACAUGCGCCUCCUUCGCAUCCUUCUGCCACCCCUUGAACUUCUCCUCCAAGGUGGCAGCUUGCGAUAGGUUGAACAUCUUUGCGGUGACAAGUGUGAAAGUUAGUCUUUGGUAUGGAGAUGCGUAGACUUCUAUGGUGUUGCGCGUCAGGGUCGAUGCGGGUUUCUCUAUUGAUCACAGGCGUUAGCAGCUUAAGGCGACUAGAUUAAAGGUGUCCCCUUUUUUUGGUUCCGUCUUUGUAAAGUGAGGGCGUGACUAGCGACAACGAAUUCCAUCUCAUCACUCAAAGAAAACCACUCCCCAUCAGUUUCGAGGUCGACGUCUCUCAUCAUCUUUUUGACGAAAUGGCGAAGGGAGCCAGUGCUCUGCUUAUGGCGAGACCAA